AUGCUCACACCGACAUCUCAUCACCUCGUCCGCUCGGUGGAAGAGGUCACGGAUCAAGACGUCAACCACUGGAUAGAGGCGUCGCUCGCCGCGGAAAGCUUGGAGCACGCGGGGCCGGCAAUGACGUUUCGCUAG